AUGGGAUCAAUCGCUAAAGAUGCGGCUGCACCUUCACAGCUCUUCACACCCUUCAAAAUCGGCAACCUGGAAAUAAAACACCGCGUCGUCAUGGCUCCAUUGACCCGCUACCGCAACGACGAGAACCAUGUCCCCUUGCCAUUUGUGGCAGAUUACUACGCUGAACGAGCCUCUGUUCCGGGCACAUUCCUGAUCGCUGAAGCGACAGCCGUCUCGCUCCGUGGAGCAGGAUACUCCAACCUCCCUGGAAUCUGGAGCAAAGACCAAAUCGCAUCAUGGAAACGAGUCACCACCGCUGUGCACGCCAAGGGAAGCUACAUAUUCCUUCAACUCUGGGCUCUGGGCCGCGUAGCAGACAAAGAAGUCGCCGAUAAGGAAGGCAUAAAGAUCGUUUCGUCAAGCAAUAUCCCCAUGGACAGCGAACACCCGGAACCCGAAGCUUUGAGUUAUGAAGAGAUCCAGAACUUUGUGGCGGAUUACGGUCAAGCGGCUAAAAACGCGAUUGAAGCCGGAUUCGAUGGUGUUGAGAUUCACGGUGCAAACGGCUAUCUCGUCGAUCAGUUCAUCCAGGAUGUUUCGAACCAAAGAACCGACGAUUAUGGUGGCUCGAUUGAUAAGAGGAAUAGAUUUGCUUUAGAGGUUGCAAAGGCGGCAGCCGAUGCUAUCGGGGCCGAUAAAGUUGGAUUUCGAAUCAGCCCCUUCUCGACUUUCCAGAGCAUGAAGAUGGCCGAUCCGUAUUCUCAAUUCUCUGCGCUGGUUCAAGGUCUCAAGGCCUUGAAUCUGGCGUAUCUUCAUGUCGUCGAGUCGCGAAUUGCAGGUGAUGACGCUGGUCACGGCACUGAGAAGGUCGAUUUCAUGCUGGAUAUCUGGGGAGAUGAUGCUCCCUUCUUGGUUGCUGGUGGUUGGAAGCCCCAAGAUGCUCAGGCGGCUUUUGAUGGUCAGUAUAAAGACAGGAAUGUCGCUAUUGUCUUUGGUCGGUACUUUUUGGCUACGCCCGACCUGCCCUUCAGGAUCAGACGAGGGCUCGAGCCAAACAAGUAUAACCGCGAUCUGUUCUACGCGAUUAAGUCAAAGGUCGGGUACUUGGAUUAUAAUUUCAGCAAGGAAUGGGAAGAGGCCAGCAAGCAUGGCGUAGAGAAUAUCUUGGCAUAA